CAAGAUGGCGGCGCGGGCGCUGGUUCAGUACAUGGUGCUGAGGGGGGACCUUCGGCGGGAGCUGCUCUCGUGGCCCUUGGGCGCCUCGGUGGCGCAGGCCUGCCACGCGGCCCUGGCCAUGGUGCACGCGCACUACCAGCACCCGGACACGGCGGCCUACCUGGCCCAGGGCGGCAGCAUGAGGACCGUCGUGCUGGAGGCCCCAGAUGAGUGUGCAUUGACUGCGUUAGCAGAGGUACUGCAGCAAAACAACAUCGAUCACAAAGUGUGGAUUGAACAGCCAGAGAACAUUGCCACUUGCAUUGCCCUUCGCCCAUACCCUAAGGAGCACGUACACCAGUACCUGAAGAAAUUCAAACUGCUGAAAUGAUCUUAUGUAUUUCUGGCCCUAUUCAGGACUGGCCAAGAAAAUCCAGUUCUCAGGUAGGCGCUUGUGGCCGAGAGUUUGUGGACAAUUUGCAGUACCAUGGUGAAGUGCAAUAACUG